AUGAAAUUUAGGCUUCAACCUCUUCGCCUCCGACCAUCUCCUCAUCCUCGCCCUCUUCAUCCUCAUCCUCGGCUUCAACUCCGCCACGAGGAGGCUUUGGUCCAGUUCUGGCCUUCUUCUUUGGAGAAACCUCGUCCUCAUCGCUCUUAUCGUCGUACUCGAUUUCGUCCUCGUUUGACUCGUCGGAGUAAUCCUGCAAAUAAGUUAAAUAGUCUAAAUAGACUUUUCUUUAUGAUUACCUUAGUCUUUCUCUUGUUGGCAGCAGCGCGAGUUGGUCUGGAUGAUGAUGCUGGACGUCCUCUUGGGGCAGCAGCCGCCUUUCCACGUCCACCCUUCUUCUUCUUUCCAAAGUCGACAUCAUCGUCAUCAGAUGGAGCACCAUCCGAAUCGGACACAUAUUUCGUGAUCUUCCCGCGUGGUCCUCUGCGUCCCUUGAACAACUUUCCUGGAAUCUCGUCGUCUACCUCAGCGAGAACUGUGCUGGUAUCAGAGUUAGCAUAG